CCACCUUUAUAAAAAAAAUAAUAUUAAUCAUUACUGGAUGAACUUUACAAUUGUACAAGAUUAAUGCUAAAGUUGUUGCCCCUUACCUCAUAAUGUUAUGUCUAAUUAAUAUGAGAUAAUUAUUGUGCAGUAGAUGUGGGCUCACUGGGCAGACACUAGUAGCAGUUUUCCACAUUCAAGCCCAUCUUUUAUGAGACGGUGUUUCUGGGAAAGAAAAAAAAACAAAAAAACAGGUCGACCUGGAUAAAGUGAGGAGACAGCAACUUAAACUAGGACAAAAAGUGUGAAGUAGAAGAUGAGAAAAACGUAAUGAAAGGAGAAACAGAGGCGUAACACAAGCAGAGCCUGAAUGACAGGACGCUGCUGGCUCGAGGGGCUCUGUGAUCAUGUGAACAGGGGAACAAGAGACUGGCCGCUGGAUGAGCGCAUCUGACAUCCCUAAAGGGACCCUGCCUGGAUGCUGCGAGACACAGACGUGCCGUUCCUCCAGCAUCCAAGAGCGGAAACGCAAUGAAGUAGGUCAUUCACGCAUAGAUACGCACGCAUGCCCCCCCUCCCCUCCAUCUCUCUCUCUCUCUCUCACACACACACACCAGCUCCUCGCUCCUCGCUCCUCGUGCUCCAGCGGCAUCCUUCAGGAGCACACAAAGACAGCAGAAAACACUCAGCCGGACGGAUGGAAGAAAAGGACUGUGCUUUUUCCUCAUGAGUGCAGGAUGUAGAGUGUUUCCCUUAACAGAGCUGGAGUGCUGAGGAAACAGAGCAUCCUGGUUUUUUGGAAGCUCAGCGGACGAGGGAUGAAUUUCUAGCCGGGUUGAGAUCAGGACGCGGCGUUUGGAUGCAGGAACAUGAGGGAGAGAGACAGCAGGGCACGGCCAGUGCCCAGGUGGGGGUUCUCCCAGCGGGACGGAGCAGCGGGACAGGUGGCGCUCCGGUCGAGGACAUGCAGGCGCUGUCAAUCACGUCUCUCUCCGCCUCGGAGCUGGAACAGCAGUAUGAGCUGAUCGCUCCUUUAGGGAAGGGCACCUACGGCAAAGUCGACUUGGUGGUGCAUCGGACACAGGGUACUAAGCUGGCUCUGAAGUACGUGAGUAAGAACAAGACGAAGUUGCGUAGUUUUCUGCGCGAGUACAGCCUGACAGCAGCGCUGGGCUGCAGCCCGUUUAUCAUCAAAGUUCUGAGCGUGCUGUUUGAGACAGAGGACAGCUAUGUGUUCGGACAGGAGUACGCGCCUGCGGGAGAUCUGUUCGACAUCAUCCCACCACAGGCCGGUUUGCCGGAGGAGAUGGUCAAGCGUUGCGUUCAGCAGCUGGGUUUGGCUCUGGACUUCAUGCACAGCAAGAGUCUCGUCCAUCGGGACGUGAAGCCAGAAAACGUUCUGCUUUUCGACCGCGAGUGCCGACGUGUGAAAUUGGCAGAUUUAGGAAUGACACGGCGGGCGGGCAGCAGGAUCAAGCGGAUCAGCGGCACCAUCCCAUACACCGCCGCCGAGGUGUGCCAGGCCUCGGUAUCGGAGGGAAUCGUGGUGGCGACGACCCAGGACGUGUGGGCAUUCGGAGUUCUGCUGUUCUGCAUGCUGACGGGAAACUUUCCAUGGGAAGCGGCGUUGCCUAGCGACGCAUUCUUUUCGGAAUUUCAGCGAUGGCAGCAGGGGGCGUUUCCUCCCGGCGUUGUUCCCUCCCAAUGGCGGCGGUUUUCGGAUGACGCGUUGCGUAUGUUCGGCCGGCUGUUGGCGCUGGAGCCGGAGCGGCGCUGUGGGGUUAAAGAGGUGUUCUACUUCCUGAAAUACGACCUGCUGAAUCAUCAUCGCCGCAGAGCUUCCUGUAGGGUGGCUAGGGGCGGUUCCGCACGUUGCUCCGCCCACAGACACGCGGAACCCUCUCCGCCUUCAGGCACUUCCUGUCUACGCCCCACCCCCCUCAAACGUAGCAUCCUGUCCGAACCGCAUUCUUCAAGGGAAGAGUGCUCCAAAAGCCCGUCGCCCAACCGUCAAGACAAGAGCAAAGUGAUGAUGACCACUCCUAUUGAGAUUUGCGUAUGAAGCCAAAACUGGAUAUAGCCGCAAAAAGGUAGCAAUAUUACUUCAGAACUACUAUUGGGAAAAUGUUUGCAUAGGAACGACAACGUAUUUCGUCAUAGAAUCACCAUAAAUGUAGAAAUAGCAAACGAUUACAUGGUGACUUUGAAACCGUUAAUUUAAACUAAAAGACGUAGCUUUUGGUAGCUCACUUUAGCACUAGAAAUGAAUCAGUUUCACUAGGAAACCGUGGUGAAUUAAUUAAAACUGCUUUCAUUUUAAAGGAAUAGUUCACUCCAAAAAGAAAUGGAAAUUCUGUCAUCAUUUACCUCAUGCCGUUCCAAACCCAUGUGA